AUGCAAGUUGUCUGUGUGGGACUGCUCCUUUUCAGUGUGAUCUGGGCAGCACCAACAUUUCAACCACAGACUGAGAAAACUAAGCAAGGAUGUGUGGAAGAACAGAGGAUAACGUACAAGGGUCGCCAUGAGAAACAUGGGUAUUAUGCUUUUAAGCAUGUUUACACAUCACCUGGGAAGAGAAAUGGAGCUGACACGAAGCAGGAAGAAAAAGACAAUGUUGCUCUUCGCCAUUUGGACGAGAGAAGACAUCAAGAACCAGCACCUAAAGAAAAUGUUGUCCAGGAAAGAGAGAAAAAUGUGUCCCUUUCUGAAGCCAGUGAAAAUAACCAAAGUAGUAAAUCCCCAAAUCCUUUCGCAAAUAGACAGACACCGAAUGAAGACUAUAGUAUCAGUAACAAGGAGAAUGUCCACAAUGACCUAAAGAUGUCCGUGUAUGCGGAAUCACCUGGGAACACAGGGGCUGAUGACGGAGACGACGCCAUCAGCAAACUGCAUGACCAAGAGGAAUACAGCGCAGCUCUCAUCAGAAAAAAUCUGCAGCAUAUAAUGGGGCCAGUGACUGCCAUUAAACUCUUGGGGGAAGAAAACAAAAAGAACAAACCUAGGAAUGUUCUCAACAAGAUUCCAGCCGGUGCGAACUACGCUAAAGCCCGCUCAAAAGACAGAAAGAAUCCUCAAAGAGAUUCCCAAGCCCAGAAAAGUCCAACAAAAAUCAAAGGCAGUCAUUAUACCCAAGACACCGCCAACUACCUAAAACAUCUCUCGAAAGUCAAAAAAAUCCCCAGCGAUUUUGAAGGUAGUGGUUAUGAAGAUCUUCAAGAGAGAGGGGACAAUGAUGUCUCUUCUUUCAGUGGGGACGGCCAACCUUUCGAGGACAUUCCCGGUAAAGGAGGAGCUGUGGGUCCUGACCUGGAAGGGAUGGAUAUCCAGACAGGGGUUUCAGGCCCAGCUGAAGCUGAGACCGUCACUCCCGACACAAGAGGGCCAGGUUAUAAUGAGAUCCCAGAGAGGGAAGAAAAUGGUGACUACGCCUUUGGAACCAGGGGUGAAACAGCCAAAGAGCCGGAUGCUGUCGAUAUCAGCCUUGUGGAGGGCAGCAACGACAUCACGGGUAGCACCAACUUUCAGGAACUCCCUGGACGAGAAGGAAACAGAGUGGAUGCUGGCAGCCAAAAUGCUCAGCAAGGGAAAGUAGAGCUUCACUACCCUCACCCGCCCUCCAAAGAGAAAAGAAAAGAAGGCAGCGGCCAUGCAGCUGGAAGUACCAAUUAUAAUGAAAUCCCUAAAAACGGCAAAGGUAGCACUAGGAAGGGCACAGAACAUUCUAAUAGGAACCAAGGAACUGUUAAUGAAGAACAAAGAUAUUCUAGUAAGGGCAAAAGUCGGGGCCCGCUCCUUCCUUCUCGUGGUCUUGAUAAUGAAUUUCAAAAUGAAAUAGGUUCCCAUUAUGGCCCCAAUAAUGAAAGGGAUACAACACACAGCAGAAAAUAUCAUUACGUACCCCAUGGACAAAAUAAUUCUGUGCGAAAUAACGGUAUACCACAAAGAAAAGGCUCCAGGGGUCACAGAGGACCCCAUUCCCACAGGAGGUUCAGUUCCCCUAGAAGGGAGGACAGUAGUGAGUCAUCUGACAGCGGCAGUUCCAGUGAGAGCGAUGGCGACUAG